GUCCCUGGCCCUGCGUCCCGACCUGCCGGAAGCUCUGAUCCCGCCUCGCUCUGCCUGCUCCCUGUCUGAACGCGACUUGGUCUCAUUAAAGUCAUUUCCGGCGUCGCCUUGCGCAGGCGCUGCCUUACUCUGUGGGAAGAUGGAAUCUUCUGUGGGAGCUGCGACUCCGGAGACUCCGGAGGGCCCCCGGCCCCGGCCCCGGCCCCAGCCUCGGCCUCGGCCUCCAGUGUGUCUCCUGGUGCUGGGGAUGGCGGGGUCUGGGAAGACGACUUUCGUACAGAGGCUCACGGGAUACCUUCACGGACUGAGCUCGCCGCCUUACGUGAUCAAUCUGGACCCUGCUGUGCACGAGGUCCCCUUCCCAGCCAACAUCGAUAUUCGGGACACAGUGAAGUAUAAGGAAGUCAUGAAACAAUAUGGACUCGGACCCAAUGGUGGCAUAGUGACCUCCCUUAAUCUCUUUGCUACCAGGUUUGAUCAGGUCAUGAAGUUUAUUGAGAAGUCCCAGAACAUGUCCCAGUAUGUCUUGAUUGAUACACCUGGACAGAUUGAGGUUUUCACUUGGUCAGCUUCUGGUACAAUUAUCACUGAAGCCCUGGCUUCCUCAUUUCCAACAAUUGUCAUUUAUGUGAUGGAUACGUCUAGAAGCACCAACCCUGUUACCUUCAUGUCCAACAUGUUGUAUGCAUGCAGUAUCCUGUAUAAAACCAAGUUGCCUUUCAUUGUGGUCAUGAACAAGACUGACAUCAUUGAUCACAGCUUUGCAGUGGAAUGGAUGCAGGAUUUUGAGACCUUCCAAGAUGCCUUAAAUCAAGAAACUACAUAUGUCAGUAAUCUGACUCGUUCUAUGAGUCUGGUGUUGGAUGAGUUUUAUAGUUCACUCAGGGUGGUGGGGGUGUCUGCUGUCCUGGGCACAGGCUUAGAAGAACUCUUUGUGCAAGUCACCAGUGCCACAGAAGAAUAUGAAAGGGAAUAUCGCCCUGAAUAUGAGCGUCUGAAGAAAACACUGGCCCAUGCACAGAGCCAGAAGCAAAAAGAGCAAUUGGACCGUCUUCGAAAAGACAUGGGGCCUGUGGCCUUGGAUCCAGGGGCAGCCACAGACAAUUCAGCUUCUGCAAUGACUCCUUCUGAUCUGAUUCUAACCCGAGGCACAGUAGAUGAGGAAGAGGAGGAUGAAGAAGAUAGUGAUACAGAUGAUAUUGACCAUAAAGUUACAGAAGAAAGCCGCGAAGAACCAGCUUUUGAGAAUUUUAUGCAGGAAUCAGUGACAUGGUACAGGAACAGAAGCGAUGAAUCAACAAAUAAUUAGGAGGAGAGAGAUAUUAGGAAACUGUACUUGGAUUAGUUGAAAUCCUGAGUCGAGGAUUUCUGCCUGAAGGCAGAAAUGGGCCAUGAAGAGGAGACCUUUUGGCUUGGCCGCCAUCAGUGUUUCUCAUUUUUAGGGAGAUUCAAUGACCAGGCAGACCCAGAAGAGAGAAGCUCAUAUUGUUGCAGCCCUGAGGGGUUUUUUUGUUUUUUGUUUUUUAUCAUUUUAUCAUAUUAAACUCAAGUACCUUUGCUGCUGGCAAGUAGAAAUUGAGAGCUCACUCUUGGUGACCUUCUGCAUCUCCACUGGGAGGCUGGUUCUGCAGCCAACACUUCUCCCUCUCUUUUCUAUGCCCUUGACUGUAUGUGUCCCUUUCCCCAUGUGACAGAUGGUGCUGAGGGUGAAUCUUCACAAGCCAGGAAUGUCAGUGGCUUCUCCCUCAGUGUCAGUGCUAGAACUUGUCUAGCACUGUGUUGUUUAUAAGACCUCAAACCUGUUGGAAGAAAACAGGAAUGCUCUGCUUUGUGUUGGAUAAAUAAUUUAUUUAACUUUA